GACUCCGAGAGAGGGACGGGAAAGAAAGCGGUGAGCGGACUGUGCGUAAAGAGUAGAGAGGUUACAACGCACGAGAUGAUGCGUGGAUAGAGGAGAAGCGCAAAGGGAAUCCACCGCAGGAUCUGCGCGCCUUCUCCAGGUCUGGAGGGCGGUGGUGGGCACAGAGAGAGAGACAGAACGAGGGGUUCAGCGACAGGGAAGCUCACGCACGCAGCCUGAAACGACGCGCGAUGGAGGAGCUGUGCGAGAUGGACUGCACGGUGCUGAAGCGGCUCCUGAGGGACGACAGCGCCAAGUGCCUGCUGCUGGACUGCCGCUCCUUCCUCGCCUUCAGCGCGGGGCACAUCCGCGGCGCGGUCAACGCCCGCUGCAACACCAUCGUGCGCCGCAGAGCCAAGGGCUCCGUGCUGAGCCUGGACCAGGUACUGGCCGGGGACGAGGAGGUCCGGGGCCGCUUCCGCUCCGGGAUGUACUCCGCCGUGGUGUUGUAUGACGAGAGGACGCCGGACUCCGAGACGGUGAAGGAGGACAGCACGGUCACCCUGGUGCUCAACGCGCUGUGCCGGGACUCCUCCGGCACAAACAUUUACCUGCUGAAAGGUGGAUAUGACAGGUUUUUCACAGAAUACCCCGAGUUUUGUUUGAAGACCAAAUCCUUACCGUCCCUCAACAGCCAGUCCAGCAUUGACUCUGCCUGCUCGUCUUGUGGGACGCCACACCACGACCAGGGCGGCCCAGUCGAGAUCCUCCCGUUCCUCUACCUUGGCAGCGCCCUCCACGCCUCAAAGAAGGAGGUUUUGGAUGCCAUAGGAAUCUCCGCUUUGCUGAACGUGUCGGCCGACUGCCCCAACCACUUCGAGGGGGCUUACCAGUACAAAUGCAUCCCCGUUGAGGACAACCAUAAAGAAGACAUCAGCUGCUGGUUCCUGGAAGCUAUCGAGUUCAUAGAUUCAGUACGGGACUCCAGUGGGCGAGUGCUGGUCCAUUGUCAAGCAGGGAUCUCCCGCUCCGCCACCAUCUGUCUGGCCUACCUGAUGAAAAGAAAGCGUGUGCGCCUGGAUGAAGCCUUCGAAUUUGUGCGCCGUCGCCGCAGCAUCAUCUCCCCCAACUUCAGCUUCAUGGGCCAAUUGCUGCAGUUCGAGUCGCAGCUCCUCGCCACCUCCUGCGCCGCUGAGGCGGCCGCCACGGCGAGCCCGCUACUCGGGCCCAAGUCGUCAACAGCCACCACGUCAACGACAGCCACGCCCACCUCUCCGUUCAUUUUCAACUUCCCAGUCUCUGUGGUGAACCCCGCCUACCUGCACCACAGUCCGAUCACAACCUCACCCGGCUGCUGAUGGAUAGCCAAUCGCAGCCAUCCCCCUGACAAACUAUCUGAGCACAGACUGGGCUGGCAUCGGCUGGAAGAGCUGUCAAGUCUUACUGACCGCUGCAGUAUGUACAUGCUUCCAGGGCAGGGAGGUGAGAAGCGUCAUGGUGCCUGAUUCAAAACUCAAAGACUGAAAAGAAAAAAAAAAAAACGUUUUAAUGUUCAGAAACCAGCCAACGCUCCUUCCAUUUUAACAUGUGAUUUAUUCAAACUGACCAAAAAUGAACUGGCUUUCAAAACCUGUUUCAGUAAACGAAGACGGAUGGAGUGUUGGACUGAUGUUUACUGAAAAUAUACCCUCUUCCUUGACAAAAAAAAAAAAAAAACACGCACAGAGGUACACUGACACACAAACACUGACACAGAGAGGCAUGAGCAGCAGCGAACACUCUCUUUUUCUAUCUCUCUGCCUCACACACACACGCACACACACACACGUUCAUGACUACCAACUGAAUAAGCUCAGUAUGAAGACAGGGUUCGUUGCUAUAGAGACAACAGGUCUUUAGGAGAGGAGAUGGACAGGAAGGAAGGAGGAAUUUUAAGCACCCGCUCUUUCCCCUUUGGGUGUCCCUCCUGUUGCCAGACAAAAGAGAUGGAUGGGGAAAAGACGGGAGGAGACGGUGAUAGAAAGCAGGAGCCUCUUCAGUGACAGGUGCUCCGCCGGCAAUCCGACCGGAGCUUCCUGUCUUUCAUACGUCCUCUUCCUCUCUCUGUCCCCCACCCCACCCCACCCCUCAGAAACACA